AUGUUUGAUGAUAUUAAUCUCGUACAGUUAUUAAGUUCAUCUAAACCGAUUGAUAUAGCUCGUAAUCUAACUGAUGAACAAAUACGUUUAAUAUUGCCAUCAUUGAUUUGGCUUGGUUUACAACAAUGUCCAAAAAAUCAUCGUUUAACAAUAUCAGCACAACUUUUACAAAUAGUUUCACGUUUUCAUGAUAUGGAUUCAAUAAUUGAAUUAUUUGAAAUUGAUUUUCAUACAUUAAAUAUAGAAAUUAAACGUUUACAAAGAAUUAAACAAAAACUUGUUGAAGGAGGACAACAAAAUAGUAAUGCGUUAUUAAAUCAAGAGAUUAUUACAUUUGAACAAACAACAGCUAGAGAUAGAUGUAGAAUUGUAGCACAAAUUUUAUUUGAUAAUUAUGAAAAAGAUCAACAAUUAAUAACAAAUCUUCUCGAUGAGCCAAAUCAUGUUCGAAUUGUCGGCGAUGUUAUCUGUGUACUGGUACUUCAUUUAUCUCAUUCAUUUAAAUUUGAUAUACUUAUUUCUAAUCUUCUCUAUUCAAAACAUGCAUAUGAAUAUUUAAUACGUCUUAUUCUUAAUAUUCCAACAUUAAAAUUAACAUUAGCUGAACUUAUUGUACGUUGUUCACAUAAUGAUGAUAUACGUUAUCGUAUACUUCAUACAUUUAUUAAAUUAUAUCCAAUACAUAAGUUACGUCUUUUACGUUUAUGUCAUCAACGACAAACACUUUUACCAUUAAUUCUUGAUUUAUUAGAUUAUUCAACAGUGAAUAUACUUCUUCUUAUACUUUCAAAUUCUAAACAACGAAUAUGGUUUAAAAAACAUCAAACACCCGAACUUGUACAUAAUCUUACUAAAAAAUUAUUUGAACUCUAUCGACAAAAACAAUGUUCAAUACAUUCAAUUUUUAAAAUAACUGCAAUUUUACAUGUUCAUUGUAAUGCUAAAUUUUCAACCGAUGAAGUUCAACAAUUACUUGAUUUAUUGCUUUCACCAACGACUAAUGUAACAUUAGGUUUAUGCUUUUUAUUUAUGAUUCCAUCAUUAGUUGAACGUAAUGAACAAACAAUUAUUGAAUGGCUUGUACCAACAAUGUCAUCAUUAUCAACGGAUGAUAAAUUAUUAAUGAUUGGACUUUUUUGUAUGACAAAUUAUAAUGAACCAUUAAAUGCUCUUGUUUCAUCAACACUUGAUUUUCCUUGUCGAAUUGAUCCCGGUCCUUUUCAUCAUUCACGUCUUUUACUUAUUCAACGUGUUUUUACAAAUGAUUUACUUGUUCAACGUUUUGCAACAAUACAAAUAACACCAAAUUUAAAUGCAAAUAUUACCAUAAAACAUAUUCCAGCACAUUUUAUUUGUUAUCUUUUAUCAAAAGGUCUUUGUAAUCAACAUCAUGUACAAAUGAGUUCAUGGGUAUGGUCACAAAUACUUCAAUGCACAACACCAAUUCAUCCAAUUAUGUUGACACUUAUUAAUGAAUUAGUAACAACAAUUGUUGAUACACGUUAUGUAUGGCAUUUAACACAAAUAGAUACACAAAUCAUAUAUGAUUAUUUAACAUCGUCGGAAGAUCGUAUACCAACAAAAAUGCUUAGUUUACUUUAUUUACUUACAUUAAAUGAUCAAGCAACUGGUGAUCUAGCUAAUCAAUAUCAUCAAUCAACAAGAAUACUUUUUGAUCUUUUACCUUUACCACAUCUUGUCGAACAAUUAACAACAAAAGAUUAUGAUGCUAUAGCUCCACAACUUGGAAGAUUAAUGAUGGAACAGUUACCACAAGUAUUUCUUGCUGAUCAUGCCCUUUAUUUGGAAACAGAUUCUCAAUUGUUUUCAUUACGUCAUGCAUAUAAAACAAAUAAAAUUGAAAAUUUAACUGAUCAAUUAAAAACUGCACUUAUAAAUGGUAUUUCACGUAAACAAGCUGAUCAAUGGCGUCGUCGAUGGUUUCGCGUUUAUGCAUUUCGUGGUCAAUUAUUAACAUUAAAAACAGCUCAAAUAUUACUUGAUAAUAAUCAAUUAACUUAUGAUGAUCUAUGUGCUGAUCCACAUUGUCUACUUCGUUUUCCAUUUCAACUUUAUAAUUAUCCAUCUAUUAUACAAAUUAUAUUAUUUAUUAUGAGAGAAAUACUUAUUGCCAGUCGUCAUUAUUUCGAACGUAUUAUUAAAGCAAAACAACAACCAUUACAACAAACAGAUAUGAUCUGUAUACAAGAUGUUAAAUCUAAACAAUUACAAGAAACAUUAGUACAUACACAAGAAGCACUUGUUAUUCAAAUUUUACUUGAUGUUUUACAUCAAUAUAAAAAAACUGCAUGUUUACCUGCAUAUCGAGAACUACAAGGAGUUGUUUGUUCAUUUGUUCAUCAAAUGUUUAUUACAAAUCCAGUUCUUGCUAAACUUGUUCAUUUUCAGGGCUAUCCAUCAGAACAAAUCAAACCUCUGAUUUAUAGUGUUCCAUCAAUGCAUAUAUGUCUAGAUUUCAUUCCACAAAUGUUAGCUAGCAGUGAACUCGAUACACAAAUCUUUGGCUUUGAAUUACUAACUGAUCUCUCUUCAUUUUAUCCAAUACGAACAGCUUUACUUGUUGUGAAGCUAGCUUUACAAGUGUAUGCAACGUUAUUACGAGUUUUAUCAAAUGACGAUCGUCUACGGUUUUUUUCACGUACAUAUAAAUUUCUUACACAAAUGAGUUCGAUAUUUCCACCAUUAACACAAAAUUCAGUUUAUGUUCUUCAACAAGCCAUACGUGCUUGUUCUUUAUCACCAUCAAAUUUGCCACAAUUAAAAUGGACAUCAGAUUCAUUGGGUCGACCACGAAGGAUCGAUAUUUAA